AUGAUGCAAAACUAUUUAGAUGCCAUGUCGCUUUGUAAGUGGUUUGGAUACCCAGAUUUUUUCAUAACCGUAACAUGCAAUCCAAAGUGGCCUGAAAUUAAAAGGUUUCUUGCUAACACCACACUUAAUCCCGAAGAUAGGCCUGAUAUCCUGUCUAGAUUAUUCAAAAUUAAGUUGGAUUCUUUGAUUAAAGACUUAAAGAAGAAGAGGUUAUUGGGUUCGGUCCAAGCAGUUGUUUAUACGGUGGAGUUUCAAAAGCGUGGUCUGCCUCAUGCACAUAUAUGUUUAUUCAUGCACUCUGAUAACAAACUCCCUACUGUUGAACAUAUUGAUCGAGUUAUUUCGGCUGAAAUUCCAAACAAAGACGAUGAUCCAGAAUUGUACUCACUUGUCAGUGAGUUCAUGAUGCAUGGUCCAUGUGGUUCUGAUAAUCCUAAAUGCCCAUGCAUGAGUGAAAACAAGUGUUCAAAAAACUUCCCGAAGCCAUUCUUGGAGAAUACUUCCAUUGAUUCAAAUGGUUAUCCUAUAUAUAGGAGACGUAAUGAUGGAUCUUUUAUAGAAAAGUCGGGUAUUAAGUUAGACAACAGAAGUGUUGUUCCAUAUCACAAAACCCUUUUAAAACGAUAUCAGGCUCACAUUAAUGUUGAUUGGUGCAAUCAAGCGGUUUCCAUCAAAUAUUUGUUUAAAUAUAUUAACAAGGGUCCUGAUCGGGCUACUGUUGAAGUUGCACAAAACAACAACGGAGGUGAUAAUGAUGAUGCUCCAGUUGAUGAAAUAAAGAAUUUCUAUGAUUGUAGGUAUUUGUCUGCAUGUGAAGCUUCGUGGCCUUUAUCCCUUAAUGACGAUCAACUUAAAAACUUGACGCUAUAUGAGAUUGAAAAAAUUCAACUCCAAAACAGUUCAAGCCUUAAAGAUUUUGUUGGGAUGCCUUACCCUGAUCAUGAUUUGGUAUCUUCUUCAAACAACCGUUUGAUUACUGAGGAGUUAGAUUUUGAUAUGAACAGUCUACAAAAAGAAUCUCAUCAACUACUUGAUUCAUUAACAAUUGAACAACGAUCAAUUUUUGAUGAAAUCAUGACAGCUGUUAAACAGAAAAAAAGGAGGUGUGUUUUUUGUUUAUGGCUAUGGAGGUACCAAACUUUUCUUUGGAAGACUUUAUCUGCAUCUAUAAGAUCAAAAGGUAAUAUCGUUCUAAAUGUUGCUUCAAGUGGUAUUGUUUCAUUGUUACUAACCGGAGGUAGAACAACAUACUCACGCUUUAUAAUUCCUCUAAAUCUUACUAAGGAUUCCUUUUGUUCUUUUGCAUCGGAUAGUGAUGUAGCCGAAUUGUUAAAAAAAACAUCAUUGAUUAUAUGGGACAAGGCACCUAUGAUUCAUAAGCAUGCAUUUGAAGCAUUGGAUCGUUCUUUGAAAGAUAUAUUGAGUUGUGAUUUUCGUGGAAACUCAAAAUUGCCAUUUGGAGGAAAAACAAUUGUCUUUGGAGGCGAUUUUAGACAAAUUCUACCGGUUGUUCCUAAUGGAAGCAUGCAAGACAUUGUGAAUGCUUCUUUAAGUUCCUCUUAUAUUUGGUCAAGUUGCAAAGUCUUAACAUUAACAAAAAACAUGAGGUUAAGUGUUCUCGCAUCUGAUAUUCAAGAAACGGCGACUUUUGCAAAAUGGAUUUUGGAUAUAGGAGAAGGAAAAGUUGGUGGUUUGAAUGAUGGUAAGGCAAUUAUUGAUAUUCCUACUGAUCUUCUCAUUGUUGAUUCAGUUGAUCCCAUUGGUUCAUUAAUUGGAUUUGUCUAUCCUUCUAUUGUUGAAAAUACAAAGAAUUCGAUUUAUUUUCAAGAAAGAGCAAUCCUUGCAUCGAAGAAUGAAGUUGUUCAAGAGAUUAACGAGCGUUUGUUAAAAUUAUUUCCAGGAGAUCCACAGGAGUAUUUAAGUUCAGAUAGUCUUUCUUAUGUUGAUUUUGUUCAUGAUGAAGUUGAUGAAACUUUAUAUUCUCCUGAUGUUCUAAAUGGUCUUAGACAUUUAGGUAUGCCAAUUCAUAAGUUGGUUUUAAAAGUCGUUGUUCCGGUUAUGUUACUAAGGAAUAUUGAUCAGAAAUGCGAAUUGUGCAAUGGCACGAGAUUACAGGUUAUUGCAUUGGGUAAACGUGUUAUAGAAGCCGAAAUAAUAUCUGGAAGUAAUAUCGGAAACCGUACGUUUAUUCCAAGAAUGUUUUUGACGCCUUCGGAUAAAAGGAUUCCUUUCAUAUUUCAAAGACGACAAUUUCCACUGGCCGUAUGUUUUGCAAUGACAAUAAAUAAAAGUCAAGGACAGUCACUAUCAAGGGUGGGGUUGUUUUUGAGACAACCAGUAUUCACUCAUGGUCAGUUGUAUGUUGCAUUGUCGAGAGUUAAAAGUAAAGCUAGAUUAAAGAUAUUAAUUUUAGAUAAAGAUGGUAAACUUACGAACACGACAUCCAAUGUUGUAUUCAAGGAAGUCUUUGGAAAUUUCAAGUUUUAA